CCCCCUAGAAACAAUGACACUGGGUCUGUGUGCCAGGAGUCUGCUCCACCACCUGGAAACAGUAACAGAACAGUUUAAAAACUGUGAACUCACUCUUGUAGAAUCUGCGCUCGAGACGUUCCUGAACAGCGCCCAGGUUGAAAGGUCAUCGUUGCGAAAAUAUGGCGGCGGUGGUGCUGAAGCAGUCAAGAACAUUGUUGUGCAGAUUUGUCCAUUUGAAUCCAAUGUUCGUUCCACACGGGAGUUCCUGGUCAUGGUUGGAUCUGAGAAGGCCAGAUCUACCAGUAUAAACUCUGAGGUGAUGACAGAAGUGAAACAUGACCAGUCUGAACCACUGGUGGACAUUACAUUUACUCAACGAGUGCUUUAGCCUCUUCCCUACAGUGGACGGAGAAAGGCUAAUGAUGAAGGGAGCGAGACUGACCAUCAAGGAGAUGCUGACAGCACUGCAGUCCCGAUGUGUAGCCAAGGACCCCCAGGCCAAAAUUACAGCCAAGAAGUAGUCCCACCCUCAGUAAUGUGUAUGUGUAUUUGUAAAUGUUUAUAAUAAAAUACUUUCAUUGAA